AUGACCGAAGAUGAAGACUGUGAUACCGAUACAGAUCUUAGUUCGAAAUUGGAGGAGGAUGAGACGGAAGAAUCCUGUCGGUUUCAGAAAUGCCACCCCAGAGAAAGCUCCGAUUGUCCAUCAUUUAACGGCGAAAAUAUUCCGAAGCACGUCGUUCUCAAAAGAACAACAAAUAAUGCGGAGGCCGAGGUGCCGAAUACUUCUAAUUCGGAUCAAGAUACCCGAGGAUUCCAAGGAAAUAGAAUAUUUGCCAAACAAGAGGAGACCGGAUGUUGGUUGCUGAGAUGGGACGUGGCUGAACAUAAAGAAGGGGAUUUUAUAGCCCUCUGUUAUGAAGAUAGUACUAGCAUUCAAGAGUGUUUGGCUAGACAAGAAAUUUGUGGUCAAGAACAGAGUACCAUGUGGCUUCUAGAUAUACCACAAACGCACAAUGAUUAUCUGGCUCAGUCGGAGCCGCUGUUCAUCAAACACCCUGUAGAGAAACUGAAGAAGCUCAUCAAGUUGAAGACGAAGCGCUGCAAUGGCAUAGAAAACGGCGCCUUCCAAGAUGAAGGCGAACCGAUGAAAUCUUCGGAAAAUUCCGGCGAAGAGGAGGAAAUUCCGGAAAAUGCGAGGGAAAUUUUGAAGGAAAAUUCGACAACGGUUCCAGGGGGAGAGAAAGGGGGAUUGACGAAUGGGCUAGAUUUGGAGAUGGUGAACGCCUGCUGCCCCGCCUUCCCCGACGCCCCGCCCCUGCCGCCCCGCUCCCUCCACCGCCCCCUCGAGCGCUCCCACGCCCUGGGCGCCUCCUUCCCGCCGCCCACCGUCCUGCGGCAAAACAAACCCAAGAAGAAGAAGCACAAGGAGCAGCGGCUCGAAGACGCCUUCGGGUUCGAGCUGGUGGACACCGACGAGGAGUACAAGUCGUUCGGCACCGCCUCGACCGCCUCGUCGGUGUCGGACGCCGAGACGUCCAGUGCGAAGGUCAAGGCGGCGUUGAUGGGGACCGCGAACGGUCCACAGCACAUCGCCCACCUACCUCUGGAGGCGCGAGACAGCCAGAGUUCCAACAGCAGCUGCUCGACCGACGUUGUUGACGGCGACGGUGCCGACACUUCGGCCAAGAUGCACAAGCCCUUGUCCCGGCUGGGGCUGGGCCAGGAAGAAGCUCCCAGAACGCCGCUGCACAGGCUCAAAGGCGAGGCGAAAGAUGUGGUGAGGCCUCAUCCGAAGGCUCUUCAAAGGGUGAGUGAAGAGAUGGUCCUGCCCGUGUGUCCGCCCACGCCCACCCACCGCUCGAGAAGGCCGCGCGCGCCCGAGCUAAAGCCGCCCGACCUCAAAUCCUCCGAUCCGCCCCUCUCUCCCCUGGGGCAGCGCGACAUAGUGGUCGCCCCCUCCUCUUUGGGACGGCGCGAGGUGGUGUGUGGGCCAGAGGUGAAGCGGGCUGACGUCAGGACGUUGGAGACGGAGAAGGGGGCGGGGCGGGGUAGGUCAGAUACGAAUGGGGAAGCCAGCGGGGGAGUGCCAUUACCUCUCCAAAGGCUAAGUACCACCAGAUUGCCGUCCAUCCCUGAAAGGAGUCACAGGGCGAUGAUCGUACCAGAUGCUACGGGGGAGGAAGAACCAUUACCACCAUCAUGGGAGGCUCGAAUGGACAGCCACGGCCGCGUCUUCUACAUCGACCAUUCGACGCGCACGACGUCGUGGACACGGCCUGGCGUCGGGCCGGCCGGACCGGCUACGGGGUCCGGCGCAGGUGCCGGCGCCGACCAGCACCGUCGCCAGCUCGACCGGCGCUACCAGAGCAUCCGGCGCACGAUCAGCUCGUGCCGGAUGGACGACGGGGAAGCUUUGGCUUUGUAUAACAGAAAUCCUACGUUGAAGCACAUGAUCGUAAGGAUACGAAGGGAUCCUAACAUCUUCGACAAAUAUCAGCACAACAAGGAAUUAGUUUCUCUAGUCAAUUUAUUCGCUGAUACGACACAAGAUCUGCCAAACGGAUGGGACACAAAAAAGGACAGAAAUUCAAAGGCCCCGGUUCCUCCUCCUCGCACCACCGCCACCACCUCCACCACCUCCACAACUUUGACGAGCUGCUUCGCCGACGUUCCUGCCGCCUACAAUGACAAGGUGGUCGCUUUCCUGCGCCAGCCGAACAUCUUCGACAUCCUCAAGGAGAGGCAUUCGCCUGUAGGAAGUUCUUCUUCGCUGAGGGACAAAGUCAAUGCCGUGAGAGUGGACGGGACCUGCGCCCUGGACAGGUUCAGCCACGACGUGCAUCUUACUAUUCUGUUAAGUCAUGUGAUACUAGAAGUAUGUCUAGCAGGUAUUCUUAACUACAGUAUCCUCAUGUAG